AUGGCGGCCUCCGCUGGAGUCCGGUCGAGCGUGGGGCUGACUUUGAGACUUUCAAGAGUUAUACCAGAUUGUAGCAAAUGUCCUUUCAACAGGUUGAAUAGUUAUUUGAAUGGUAUAGCUAGUUCGUCGAAUGUUGAUCGUUUUCGGACGUUGAACCGACACUUGCAGACAUCCAAAAGUCUGUACCAAAGUGAGGUGGGUGCAAGUGCAGAAGACCCCCAAGAAGAUGUGGUGAAUGUGGUGUACAUAGAUAGAUCAGGAAAGAGGAUUCCAGUGAAGGCUAAAGUGGGAGACAAUGCAAUGUACCUGGCCCAUAGGCACAACAUUGAACUGGAAGGAGCUUGCGAGGCGUCACUAGCUUGCUCAACGUGCCACGUGUAUGUGAACAGAGCCCAUGUCGACAAGCUACCAGAGCCUGACGAAAGAGAGGAUGACAUGCUGGACAUGGCCCCAGCGCUACAGGAGAACUCCAGACUUGGCUGUCAGAUCAUCCUCACCCAGGAGCUGGAGGGCAUUGAGCUUACCCUGCCUAAGGUCACCAGGAACUUCUACGUGGACGGCCAUGUUCCCAAACCACACUGAGGACACUACACUCCACACUAGCACCCUACUUAGUGUGAAGCAAUGUAUUGGGCAUGGAUGUUUACACUCCACACUAGCACCCUACUUAGUGUGAAGCAACGUAUUGGGCAUGCAUUCUAAGUAGUAUGCUAGUAUGGAUGUUGGAACACGGCCCCUCAGGACUGAGUUGUAAGAGAGAGAGUUGCAUUCUUUGAACUGUCGGCAGAUAUAAAGAGGUGAGCUGGGAUAGAGGAGGCUUGAAGGAUCCCCCACAAGUCAAGAAUGCUCUUACAUAUCCACAUCUGUGUGACGAAGACAAAAGCUAUAUACCAGUCACUGGCUGCAUUUAGACAGCGCCCCUGAUGGGAUUGGUCAAAAAAUAUCCGAAUUGGGCUGCCUGUGUAAACGCAGCCUCUGAAGUGUGUUGUAUUUGGCUCACACUGAAAGUAAUGCUGAUUGUGGAAGAGUUAGAUGGUUUUCAGCAUUGAUGUAUAAAUAUGUCAUGUGUAUAGAAGAGUUCUCAGGCCAAGAUUGAGAUGUCUAUCAAACCAUUCAAUGUCACAAACAGUUUUGUUUCAUAGUAACCUGAUUCAGCAUUUCAGAAAGGCCUGUCAUUGCUACGCAAAGGACAACUUUGUGUCCUUGAAUAGAACAUUCCAUGUUACAACUCAUUUACAAAGGUCAAGAUACACACAUCUCAGGUGGAGCUUCCAAAUAGUCAUCAGUCUCUACAAUAACAGCACUCACAUACAGCUAAUUAACAGUAUGUUAUGUGUACGUAUACAUAGCUUUCACCAUUAUAUCUACUUAUGGCCAGUUUCUAGGAAUUUUACUGUUGUGGGUGUGUGGUGACUAGUCAAGACCUUAACAAGCCCCUCCACAUCAAGCCUGUCAGGAAUCAUUAACCGUCUCUGAUGUAGCACUUUUGCAGUAUGUUUUGUAAGCAGAGGGCAGCUUGAGAUCGAUUGGAAUGGAAAGGGUUGAAUCUGUUAGAUAACUGAUGACGCCAAGGAGAUACUUGGCCUGCAUUCACACAGACAGCCUCAUUUUGAUAUUUUUUCCAAUCACAGAUCUUUGCACAUCAAAGCUGAUCUGAUUGUUCAAAAUGCAGCCUAAACCAUUUUACACUGACAGGUGCAUUUUGUCCAAUUCCCAAGUCAUUUCUGUUUCUGUCCAUCCAUACCAAGUAAUGAUUUGCCUUGUCAUUUCACCGUUAGUAGUCUCAUAACUGUCCAUCAAAAAACACCUGUAUCCAGUAUUAGUUGGCUCCUUUACAAACCUGGAAUGCUUUCACUUGUACUGUAUUUAAUUUGUCUAUCAUACGCACAAAACAUGUAGGUGUAAUUUGUAUAUAUGGUAUAUCUCAAAUUUGCAAGUCUAUUUUAGAUUUGUGCAAUAAAAAUACCAAAAGUU